AGAGCGAAUUCUCAAGAAGAUUUGGGCUUUCGGCCGAACCAACAGGCCCAUCUUCUUCUUUCUUUUUUUUCUUUUCUUAAUAAAAUUAUAAAACUAGGGUUUGUGAGAAAUUGGGUCGUGAGAGGAAUGGGGAAACGGAAGGAGAAGAAGAAGAAGAGCAAGAUGUCCAAAUCUUCCAGAGCUAAACUACAAAGGCUCAAAUAUAUACAAGUUAUCGAAGAAUUGGGAGCCGAACUCGUGCAGUUACAAAUUACUAACGAGAAAUUGAAUGGUGACGGUGUCGAGGGUCUGAGCUACACCGAGCUGGAAUCACUUGUAAGUAUUUUAAGGGAGGGACAAAGCCGUGUAAUGGAGCAACAGGAAAAGGCACUUUGUCAAUAUACAGUCAGUCAGAUGGCAGAGUUCCAAGUUAUGGGGGAAGAAUGGGUUGAACAAAUGGCGAAAGAGGAACACGCCCGUCAAUUUCUUUUGUCCAAGAGAAGAAGAGAGUUUAGGCGCAAGGCUAGACAACUCCGGCUCAGCUCUCUCGAUUCCCCACAGGAGCUCGAGCAUAGCCAGGACCAUACAGAUCUGGUGGAACGCAUUGAGUUGUUGAAGAGCGAGAAGGAGAGACUGGUGCUUUGGAACCAGAGAAUGAUUGGUAAAGAGCUCGACGGUAUGGAUCAGUUCGAGCUCGAUGUAUUUCUGAGUGAUGUCAACCUUGGUCUCCGCAGUGUGCGGGACGAGAUGAUGAGUAGAAUCCGCUCUACUAGGCAGAGCAACAAGCAGAGCAACGAGGAACUAAUCUCUCAGACUCAGAGCAGCAUCAAGGAACUGAGCAGCCCGGGAAAGAUGGACGAGAUGCCUAGAAUUCGAGCUAGUAGCAGCAACGAGUCAACCUUGGAGUUCUUACAAGUUCAUACCUCUCCCUCGGAUGUCAGUGGUCUAGGGUGUUAAACACAUUUUAUAUCAAAACACAUUAUGUUCUUCAUAUAUCAUAGGACGGUAAGCAUCAUAACGAACUUUCUCUUUGGCCACAAUUUCAAAUUCUC